UGGCAAAUUGAGGCGUGGCAUAGGCGUGGUCAGCGCUGCUAGGCUUUCGUCGUUUCCAAUCAAAAAACAUGGCGCUUAAGGCCGGCUUUUCUUUGCUUACAUUCUCACGUCAGUGUCUCCCCGCCAGCCAAAAGUGGAUGCCAUCUUUAAACAAUGUCAGAUAUAUGCAUCAUAAGGAUGAGAUAAAGGAGAGGCUGGCCGCCAUUAUUCCAGAGAAACAGAAAGAGGUCAAAGAGUUCCGGGCUCAGUAUGGCAAUACUCCUGUUGGGGAAGUAACUGUUGACAUGAUGUACGGUGGUAUGAGAGGGAUUAAAGGACUAGUAACAGAAACCUCUCUACUUGAUCCUGAGGAAGGAAUCCGUUUCAGGGGCUAUAGCAUUCCAGAGUGCCAAGAGCUAUUGCCAAAGGCUGAAGGAGGAGCAGAGCCACUUCCUGAAGGUAUAUUCUAUUUAAUGCUCACCGGAGAGGUCCCAACUAAAGAACAGGUCCAAGCCGUGAGUAGAGAGUGGGCCAGUAGAGCUGAUCUGCCUCAUCAUGUGGUCCAGCUGGUUAACAAUUUCCCUAGCUCACUCCACCCCAUGAGUCAGUUCAGUUCAGCUAUCACCGCAAUGCAGUCUGACAGUCACUUUGCUAAAGCUUACUCUGAGGGGAUCCACAAAUCCAAGUACUGGGAGGCUACCUAUGAGGACUGCAUGGACCUCAUUGCUAAGCUCCCCAGUCUAGCUGCACUCAUUUACCGGAACAUUUACAAAGACGGUAAGAUUGUCGCUGUUGAUCCUAACCUCGACUGGGGAGCUAACUUCUCUGCCAUGCUCGGCUAUGACGACCCCCAGUUCAUUGAGCUACUCCGUCUCUACCUAACUAUACACAGCGAUCAUGAGGGCGGUAAUGUUUCUGCACACACGACCCAUCUCAUAGGGAGUGCCCUCUCUGAUCCUUAUCUCUCUUUUGCUGGCGGGAUGAAUGGACUGGCUGGGCCUCUUCAUGGGCUGGCAAAUCAGGAAGUGUUGGUUUGGCUCACUAAUGUUGUGAAGGAGAUUGGCGAGAAUGCUACAAAGGAGCAGCUGGUUGAGUUUCUAUGGAAGACGCUGAAGAGUGGACAAGUGAGAGCUCUACUGACCUUUUAAUUCUUAUCUUCUUUG